UUGGUGUAGGCGAACCGCAGCGGCGUGGAGCGCUGUGAGGGAGAGAAGGACAAGCGCUCGCACUGCUACGCCUCCUGGAGGAACAGCUCCGGCAGCAUCCAGCUCGUCAAGAAGGGCUGCUGGUUAGACGACUUCAACUGCUACGACAGACAGGAGUGUGUGGCCACCGAGGAAAACCCGCAGGUGUUCUUCUGCUGCUGCGAAGGCAACUUCUGCAACGAGAGGUUCACGCACCUGCCUGACGUCAGCGGACCAGUGAUCGAGCCUCCUCCGGCGGUGCCGCUGCUGCUGAAUCUGCUGGUGUGCUCUCUGCUGCCCGUCACGAUGCUCUCGAUGGCGCUGCUGCUGGGCUUCUGGAUGUACCGGCACCGCAAGCCUCCGUAUGGACACGUGGACAUCAAUGAGGAUCCGGGUGCGUCUCCUCCCUCUCCGCUGCUGGGUCUGAAGCCUCUUCAGCUGCUGGAGGUCAAAGCUCGAGGAUGCUUCGGCUGCGUCUGGAAAGCUCAGAUGAUGAAUGAAUAUGUAGCUGUGAAGAUCUUCCCCAUUCAGGACAAGCAGUCGUGGCAGAACGAGCGAGACAUGUUCUCCACGCCGGGCAUGAAGCACGAGAACCUGCUGCACUACAUCGGAGCCGAGAAACGCGGAAGCAACCUGGAGACAGAGUUCUGGCUCAUCACUGAGUUUCAUGAGCGGGGUUCGCUGACGGACUUUCUGAAGGGGAAUAUUGGUGCUGGUGGUGACGGACUUUUUGAAUGGGAGGGGGGUGUGGCUUGAGGUAUGUGUUAUAUAUAUGAGGGAGUGUGGCGUUGUGUAUGGGGUGGUCCUAAACCGGCCAUCGCUCACAGAGACUUCAAGAGCAAGAACGUGAUGCUGAAGGCGGAUCUGUCGGCGGUGCUGGGGGACUUCGGGCUGGGUGAUGGUUUUGGGCGGGGUGAGCGUCGUGGUGGGGGUCACGGUCAGGUCGGGACGCGCCGCUACAUGGCUCCGGAGGUGCUGGAGGGGGCCAUUAACUUCCAGCGGGACGCUUUCCUGCGGAUAGACAUGUACGCCGUGGGGCUGGUGCUGUGGGAGCUGGUGUCACGCUGCAAAGCCGUGGACGGUCCUGUAGACGAGUACAUGCUGCCGUUUGAGGAGGAGAUCGGCCAGCACCCGUCUCUGGAGGAUCUUCAGGAUCUGGUGGUUCAUAAGAAGAUGCGGCCGGUGUUUAAGGACUUCUGGCUCAAGCAUUCAGGUCUGGCGCAGAUGUGCGAGACGAUCGAGGAGUGCUGGGAUCACGACGCGGAGGCGCGGCUAUCAGCCGGCUGCGUGGAGGAGCGAAUCUCUCAGAUCCGCCGCCUGAUGAGCGCCACUACCUCAGACUGCCUGCUUUCUACGGUCACGUCUCUCACCAACGUGGACCUGCCGCCCAAAGAGUCCAGCAUCUGACCCUCAGAGAGUCUCAAACCACAUCCAAGCAGCUGCUAUUUUAUCCUAACAUUUUUUUUAACUUUAUUAUUAUUAUUGUUGUUAUUAUUAUUAUGGUUAUUUUUUCU